GGGCGAGGAGGAGAAGCCCGAGCAGAUCGCUCGCUCGUAGCUCGAAUCGAAUCGGGAGGAGGCGACGGCGAGAGGAAGAAGAUGAAGGUUCGCGCGUCUGUGAAGCGGCUGUGCGCGUACUGCAAGGUGGUGAAGCGGCGGGGGAUCGUGUUCAUCCACUGCAAGGCCAACGCCAAGCACAAGCAGCGCCAGGGCUUCUCCACGCUCGCCGAGGCCGCAGCCGCCGCCGCCGGCGGCCACCACCCACCUCCGGCGCUCGCCAACACCUCCCCCGCUGUCGCCGCCGCCGUCGCAGAGGCCUCGAAGGUUGCUAAGCAAGAACCUUCUUUGAAGUUUUAUUGGCCUCUGGGUUUAGCUGCUCUGCUCAAGAACAGCGAUAAAUAAUGUACUAGCUUCUUGUUAUAUUGGUGCCAAGUGUAAGAAUUUAGUUGAAGAACCAACAAAGUUUGUGUAUCUGCAGUCAUCACAUCAGCUGAACUGAUCUUGUGAUGGAAUAACAUCAGCAUACCUAUUACUUUGUCAUCUAAAAAUGUUUGCUUUUUUC